AUGUACAUUCCACAAAAACGCCAAAAUAGCAAAAAUGAUAAGAAUAUCAUAUUCAUUAUCUGUGCUGUGAGCAUUAUAUUUGCUGUCGCACUCUGUGUGGGCACUUAUUUCCUCUUACGCUAUCUACGACAACAUCACUACGAACCGAAAUACCUUCCGGGCAAAUUCCUCAAGCGGAAAUGGAAAGCAUGGGGUCCAGGGAAGGCAUCAUACGGCCAAGUCCCGAAUCAAACCAGUGGCCAAGAUACCUCUUAUCCUGGAGCUGGCACAGCACCGGAAAUGCAGACCACUGAUGGCGUCCGCCGCGACACCUCGAUCCGUUCGAUUAUGACCCUACCCCCUUAUUCCCAAAGCCCAAAGCCGACCGAACAAGUCAUCGCCCGAGAGGGUGAACGCGGCGGGAUGGAUAUGGUCGUGGAAUAUCCGGAGACGGCGGAAGAACAGGAAACUCGCCGCGAGGAACAAAUGGACUCGAUGUACCAGAUUCGCCUGCAGCGCCGUCAGGAACUAGCCGAUCGCGAGGCACGUCGUCGGGAGCGACGAGAUGCCCGGUUGCGUGGGGAUUCCGCUCGUCUGGAACAGUUGAAUGCCGAAGCUCGCGCUCGGACGGAACGUCGCCGUACAGGAACCAACAGUGCAGUCGACGUAACCAGAGUCCUCGCUGAACACCAGGCGAGAGAGCGGGACAGACGCAUCUCCAGUGUUAGCUAUGCUGAACUUGGACGUGUUCGACAUGAUGGAUCACGGCUUCGAGCCGACUCGCACAAUUCUGACAACCACGAUUCGGAUAGCCGACCGCUGUUGCAAAGUGACGCUUUUAGCUCCACCGCGCAAUCCUUCGAACGACCCAGCAUCGACCAGUCCGGUGCUUCGUUGUUUAUGAGCGAAUCGCAUAAUUCUACUGAACUUGAACGACUGACUCUCGCUCCGACCACGACACAAGGCUCGAGCCGACCGGAAUCACAAACUGACGAUGGAGAUCUGGGAAUGCUCAACAUCCCUCCGCCUCCCGACUACGAGCACCUGGACUGGGGUGAUGCCCCCGCGUACCAAAGCCCUGUUACAGAGCAGAAUGAACAAGCGCGGCAGCUCCCACCUAUGGACCGUUUGCCUUCGAUCCACGUCAAUUUACCCAGUCCCAUGACUGUGUCUCCCGUGACGCCGACUCAGUCGCAAUUCCAAACCAUCAAUAUCAACAAUGAUGGACCUCCAACGCCGACGGAGCGGACCUCGGGAAUCCGAAUGGUCUCAGCGGGAUCGACAACUACCACCCGUGGUCCACCACCCAUUCUCCAUGAUUCGACCACUCCUGAAAGCAGCCAAUGA